UGCAUAUAAGGCUGGCUUGCUGGUGCCAGCAAAGCCUCAGAAAUUAGUCAACUCCUAACGAUACAGCCAACAAGAUGUUGUCCGCCUCUGCGUUUGCGCUCUUGCCCAUCCUCUUCGCCUCGCCGAGCUUUGCUGCCCCGGCAGAUUCUUCGUUCGCAGGGGGAACGUCCUCAGCGUAUACAUCCGUCGUCGCUGGGGGUGAUACGACGUACUCCUCAUCAGCUCCGGUCGCAUGGACCUAUUCCACUUCAGUAGAUUCUUCGUUCGCAGGGGGGACGUCCUCCGCGUACACAUCCGUCGUCGCUGGGGGCGGUACGACGUACUCUUCAUCAGGUCCCUAUGUGUCUUCGGCUGCCGUACCAUGCCCCACCCUUGUCACUUCCUACGUGACCGUAUAUCCAAGCAGCGUGGUCAGUGGAACGCUGGUCAGCAGCAGCGUGGUUUGUGGGACGCUGGUCAGCAGCAGCGUGGUCAGUGGGACGCUGGUUAGCAGUAGUUUCGAACCAGGUCCUACGACGACGGAGAUUAUCAGUAGCAUCCAGCCAGGUCCUACGACGACGCCAGUUAUUAGUAGCAUCCAACCGGGCUCUACCACUGUUGGCUCCUCCCUGGUGCCCAGGUGGGCUAACGAGACGAGCGUCGCCGUCGCGUCCUCCGCAGUCGUGAACACCACCGCUGUUGGACCGUCCUCCAUCGCCGCGUAUCCCAACAGCACCACUGCCAGCGUCGUUACUACUGCUGUGUAUACCAGUGCUGUCGGUGCUUCGGGAGUAUGUGCCCCUGCGGCUACGACAGUUGUUACUGUAACUGCCUCCGGCGGUCCACCGAACGGCACUCCGAGGACAGGCGACGUCAACUCUGGUGCGCUUUCCGAUAGGGCGAACGCAGCGACCACGGCCUUGAUGCCCGUCUUAGCACUUGUUCUCGGCAUGUCUGUGCUGUAAACGGUUUGACGGUAGGCGUGCUCUCGCAGCGGAUAGUUGGACUGCUGAUGCGCAUGAGUACGGUUAGGUUGAUGACAGAGGCAUCGGACUUUACUCAGCUCUUUUCGGACUAUAUUGGACUAUAUUCGCCGUGGUUAAAUUGUGUGCGGUUAGUGUUAUUUGUGAAUAUGAAUUAAUGGGUCAUAACUGGUG